AUGAUGCUUUUUGAAUUAGUCCACGGAAAGCGAAAUAUAAAGCAUUGUGAAGAUUCAAGGAGUACAUUCUUCCUAAGUUUGGUUGCAAAUGUUCUUAUGGAGGGAGGCUAUAUCCUUAGCCUGUUAGACAGUAGAUUAAAUAGGGAAGCUUGUGUUGAAGAAGCGACAAGAAAUUGCAAAGUUGCGUGUUGGUGUAUCCAAGAUGAGGCAGGGAGUAGGCCUGCCAUGAGUAUGGUGGAACGGAUUCUUGAAGGGGUUUCAGACGUGAGCAUGCCUCCGAUCCCCCAAAAUGUCACUUUAUUUGAUGAGAACAUUCAAAGGGAUGUUGUUUUCUUCACUGAUUCACCCUUAAAAAGGUGUUCACCAGCACAAAGCAAUUCUUCAGGACGUGACUCCCACUCAAAGAGCUCAUCUUCUUGA